ACCAAGACGAGGAGCAGUAAAGAGGAUGAGACAGAAGGAGAUUAGGAGAACCAAAAAGUCCAAAAGAAGAAAAGGAGGAGCAGUGUAGAAAAAAAAAAGAGAGUUGGAUGGAAGAAAAAGAAUUUGAUUAGCUGGUUAACCUGGGGACCAAAGAGAAGAAGUUACGACGAGACUGGUGGAGCUGGUAACCAUGACAACCGUUCAAAUACCAUGGUAGUCAGCGGGGAACCAUGGUAGCCAGGGUCCUUGAGGAACGACUCCCUUCCCCCCGUAGACCCUAUGGACUGACAUCUACCUGACCCGUCCAUGGAGCGCCUAAAGCCCCUCCCACUCCUCCUCCUGCUGGUGGCCAUGGGUCAGUGUCAGUACGACACGUGCCGUACUUUUGGAGACUUGGAGGCGGAGUCAAGAUGGGAGUUCGCCGCCUGUCAGCCCCCGCCCACAAACAUGAAAGAGGCGAUGCAGAUCAGGGUGGAUCCACCCGGAGUCACUUGUGGAAACCCCCCUGAACGCUUCUGUACCCUGGAGAACCCCUACCUCUGCAGCGAUGAGUGCGACGCGUCCAGUCCCGACCUGUCUCACCCCCCUCAGCUGAUGGGGGACCGGGAAAGAGGAGGGCUCAUCACCUACUGGCAGACGGUCACAUGGUCCAAGUAUCCGGAGCCGCUAUUGGCCAACAUCACGCUAUCGUGGAACAAGAGUCUGGAGGUAGUUGAUGACCUGGUGGUGACCUUUGAAUAUGGCCGCCCCACCAGCAUGGUCCUGGAGAAGUCACUGGACAAAGGUGCCACAUGGCAGCCGUACCAGUUCUAUGCCGACGACUGCAUGGACACGUUCGGCAUGCCACCGAAACGGGUGUCGGAUUUGGCGCCCAGCAACGUGACCCGGGUCAUCUGUACCGAGCAGUACUCCCGAUGGGUCGGGGCCAAGGAGGAGAAGACGGUGGUGUUUGAGGUGCGAGCUCGCUUCCAAGUGUUUACGGGGCCAAAGCUGAUCAACAUGGACGCCCUGUACACCCGCAUGGAAACCACCAAAGGUCUGAGAGAUUUUUUCACCUUCACCAACAUCCGCCUGCGACUCCUCCGCCCGGCGCUCGGCGGGACCUACGUCCAGCGGGACAACCUGCUCAAGUACUUCUACGCCAUCUCCAACAUAGACAUACCCGCCAGGUGUCAAUGUAACCUGCACGCGUCGAGUUGUUCACUGCGUGACGCCACACUCAUGUGCGACUGUGAACACAACACCGGUGGACAGGACUGCGAGCGCUGCAAUUCCGAGUUCACUCCCAGCAGUUGGAGGCCAGGAACCUUCCUGCCUCUACCCAAGGGCAUGGCCAACGCUUGUGAAGCGGCACAGACAACAGCCAGUACAGAAACCCUGGCUCUAAGGACCACGAUCGGUACCUCCGGUACCACAAACAGCAACACCAGUCCAAAGAGCAGUACUGACUCUGAGGUCAUUUCUGACCAAGUGACUUCUCCUAACUCCAACUUGUCACCACAAAGCACAGACUUUGUCCCCUCAGAGACUGGUACAUCCAGCAUCGUACGUACAGUUCUACGUUCUAGUGGAGCUCCACCAGUCACGACAUUGGCAUGGGAAGUAACUAAGUCUGAUAACAUGGUCCUCUCUGGAGAUAUUGCAACUACUGAAUUAUCUUCUCCUGAUGGAGAUGCUCCACCUACUUUUGAUGUUCCAACUUUUAACGGACCUCCUCCUGAUGGAUAUCUUCCUGAUGACCUGCUCCCCAUUGAAGCUCCUGAUGUUUCUCUUGCUAAUGCUGUUGCUCCUUCUCCUGAUGGGUUCCUUCCUGAUGAACCCGCUGAUGUACCUUCCACCAAUGAAACACUUCUUAAGUUACCAACGCCUGAUUCAGCCUCUCUUGAUGUCACCCCUGAUACUCAGUCCACCAAGAUAAAUGGUCCACCUGAAAGACCUACCACCAUGCAACCUCCUAGUAAAGAUGAAACUCCACUUGAAGGAGAUACUCGUGAUGAAAUUGCUGUUGGCAGAUCUCCUGAAGAAAAUUCCCCUUCUGAUAUUUCUCCUUCUGCUAGACUCCCAUCUGAAGUAUCUCCUCUUGAAGUGCUCCCCCAAGCUCCUGAUGUACCUAUGAACAUAUCUACUUUUAAAUUUGGAGAAGUUGCACAGGUUGGUCCAGAUUGGUCUGAGCCGGCUGGUGACCUGGCUCCAGUCGACUUCACCUUCCCUUUUCCAGAGGAACUGGAUUUGACUGGCCCUGAUACACCUCCUGGAACAGAGGAUUCCGAUCCAAAUCCUGCUUCUGAGUCAGUUGACAGUAGCUCGGAUUCAGACUUAGCAGAAGGAGAAACAAGUCAAACAGAUAAGGGAAGACCUGGGUUGCCUGGACCAGACUCUUUGGAAAUAAAUCCUGAAGCUCCUGAGUUGGCUCCCAGCCCUGAUUCUCCUCCAACAGUCAAUGAACCAAGAUUAGAUUCUUCACCAGGUCAGAAGAAAGAAGAGCUGGACUCAAGCCCUGAUUCUCCUCCAACUGUGACUGAACAAAGAUUAGAUUCUUCACCAGGUCAGAAGAAAGAAGAGCUUGAUCCCAGCCCUGAUUCUCCUCCAACAGUCAAUGAACCAAGAUUAGAUUCUUCACCAGGUCAGAAGAAAGAAGAGCUUGAUCCCAGCCCUGAUUCUCCUCCAACAGUCAAUGAACCAAGAUUAGAUUCUUCACCGGGUCAGAAGAAAGAAGAGCUUGAUCCCAGCCCUGAUUCUCCUCCAACAGUCGAUGAACCAAGAUUAGAUUCUUCACCAGGUCAGAAGAAAGAAGAGCUGGGUUCAAGCCCUGAAUCUCCUCCAACAGUCAAUGAACCAAAAUUAGAUUCUUCACCAGGUCAGAAGAAAGAAGAGCUUGAUCCCAGCCCUGAUUCUCCUCCAACAGUCGAUGAACCAAGAUUAGAUUCUUCACCAGGUCAGAAGAAAGAAGAGCUGGGUUCAAGCCCUGAAUCUCCUCCAACAGUCAAUGAACCAAAAUUAGAUUCUUCACCAGGUCAGAAGAAAGAAGAGCUUGAUCCCAGCCCUGAUUCUCCUCCAACAGUCAAUGAACCAAAAUUAGAUUCUUCACCAGAUCAAAAGAAGGAAGAAGACAAAGACAAACGGAGGACAGAGGAGCAAACAGACAAAAAAGCUGCCGAGUCCAAACGCAAAGGAACUUCAAAGAAAAAAGAGAAAGAUGAAAAAGAAUAUGAGAAAAAAGCGACCCAAAAGAUUCUGAUUCCGGGAGGACCAAAGACCAGUCAACUGUCCAAAAUUGCCUAUGUCACCUUCCAGGACUGCGAGUGUAACGCACACUCCAACCGCUGCAGCUUCAUCGACUUCCUGAACGUGGUGACGUGCGUGAGCUGUAAACACAACACGCGAGGAAACAGGUGCCAGUACUGUCGACUGGGUUACUACAGAAACGCGUCGCUGGCUCUGGAGGACCAGAACGUGUGUGUGGAGUGCGAGUGCGACGCCAGUGGCAGCUCGUCUCCACACUGCUCUCAGUCGGGAUCGUGCCAGUGCAAAGAGGGCGCCGCCGGGAGGCGCUGCGACUCUUGUCUGCCCGGGUACACGCGGAGAGGGGCCGGAGUUGGAUGCACAGUCAACGUAUGCGACGAGACUCGGACCUGCCAGAACGCCGGGACUUGCGUGGACUUUGUGCGCUGCGAGUGCACCAAAGACUUUGAAGGUGCGUACUGUGAGCAGAACGUCUGCUUGAAGAAGAACACUUGCCUCGGCGACGACGGGAGCUCCGCCUCGCCCGCGACCUCACGGCUCAUGGUGCUGAGCCUCGGCCUGCUGGUCUUCGCCUUUUCAUGACCCGCCCACCGUUGAGGAUGUAGUAACCCGGCGAUGCUGCGUAACCACGGUUACAGGAACGUAAGUUGACUGCAGAGGUGAUAAGAAAAACAAACAAACAAUAAAAUAUGAACGGGUCUCUUAGUCAUUGUGUUGGGAACAAGGGUUGUCGAAUGUGUGUAUUUAUGCAUGAUGUGUCUACCGCCAUAUUUAUUGAUCGGCCCAGCCCUAUGGGUGUACAGGUAAGUGGCAAUAAUGAUAGUAUUACUGUUUUAAAUUAAAAUGAUCGAAAAACUGUGAUUGAUAACUGCCCUUUAAUAAACUCACAGACUGACUGGCGCCAGCUGACUAGCUUAAAUACUAACAUGAAAACAAGAGACAUUGAUGACGUUCCCCAAUCUAAACUUGUACAGACACAUUGCUGUCUGAGCAAGUAAGAUAUUAAAUUGUGCACAUUGUGUUACGUACGGCGGGGGAAGGAGACGGCGCAACGGCAGGAAUCAGUUCAAUAGGUUUAUUGAAGCGUUGGGGUGUGUAUGCUACUCUAUGUGGAUGGCGCAAGACGAUGUGAGGAAUUAACAAUGUGAAUGUUACCAGAGGUUGUUGUGUGUGCGUGUUGGAUGAGUCCUUCGACAGACCAGAGGGGCAAGGCAAGAAGACAGUCCAUGGGCAAGCAAGAGGUCAGGGGCUGGAGAGAGGCGACGAUGUCCGUGUUCAAGCAGGGGUCGAGAAAGCAGUCCAAAGUCCGGUCAAUCACAGGAAAGAGAGGGAACACUACGGGGAACACAGAGGACAUAGGACGAGGGCAGAGGAAAAGCACAGAGAGAGCAAGACGGGAUGCUUACUACAGGGAGUGAACUACGUUCCGGCACUGCAUCUUUGGGUUCGUUGGUCUUUAUGCUGUCUGCCCUCAUCAGACCCAGGUGCACGGAUUGAUGAUGGCCUGCAGCCGUGCAGGUGCGUGGCCGCGAUGCGGGCAUAGCGAGCAGGGGUGUGUCCCGGCGCGCUUCUGGGAUUGCGCAUGCGCCGUGCAGUGUUGGGUUAGUUACUGAAAAGCAGUAACUACUUACAGUUACUAGUUACUUCAUUUCAAAAGUAACUCAGUUACUAACUCAGUUACUUACACCAAAAAGUAAUGCGUUACUGUGAAAAGUAACUAUUUAGUUACUUCUUUUUUCUUUCUUUUUUUAAAGCUCCAAUUAAUGCCCUUUUAGCCUUCAUUUCAGUACUGUUAUUGCACUGGAGAAUAAUACAAUCUGUUCAUCAACUUGACAUGCAUUUGCAUCACUCAACUCUGCUAAGCAAUGUGCUC